AUGGACACUGCAGAUAUCAUCAUGAACGCCCCCGAUUCGGAUGGGUCUGGCUCUGGCGAUGAGUACAGUUCGCCGCCGGCCUUUAUUGUCCGGUCAACCCCCGACUUGAGCGAUCUCGAAGGCCAGCCCACGCCCUUAGCUACCUCACCUCCGUCUCUCGUCAGCACCCUCUCAUCCGGAUAUGCGUCAACAUGGUCAUCACGGUCGACGGGACGCCCCCGAGGAAGCAGCCUUGUCGGCACUCCUGCAUUCGAACCUGAAGUCCCCUUGACCGAACGCGACCUGAGACUGCAACGUCCGUCGGGACCUGCAAGAACGCCCUCGAGUACAUAUGCACCUCAAAGACGGCCGCCGCACUUUAUUAAUCUACAAAAUGAUGGACGUCGUUCAUCGUCCACAAAAAGGAAUGCCCGGCGAGACCCUAAUGCUCAAUAUCGCGCUCAGGAAAAGGCCUAUGUACAGCGGUUACGCGCCAACCCGCAAGCUUGGUACCAGCAAUUUGGAGACUUUCAGGGAAUGGCCACCAUAGAUUCAGACGUUGACGAGCCCUCUCCAUCCUCCGAAAUGCCAUUUGAAGACGACCAAUACGAUCCUGACAUUCAACUCUUUCUCGCCGAAAACGAUAAUCAGCCGACAAUCGAGGAGUUGAAGAAUCCCAAGAACCAGGAACGUCUAGAAUGGCACGCUAUGUUGGCUUCUGUGCUCAAGGGUGAUGUGGUCAAACAGGAAAAACAGCGAUUGAUUGGAUCGACGGAAACAAGGCGCUCUGCUGCUAUGAACGGUGAUAUCUGGCUGGGUGUCCGGGCCAAGGCAUGCGGCCGAAGUGUUCCAUUGCAAAAGAAGCUCAUUGAAGAUGCUCGCGCAUCCCUGGGCACUGUCAUUGAAGACAUUAUCAACUUUCAGAUUAAAGGUGAGAAAGAAAUUGGUAAACCUGCUACCGAGCAGGUGGAGGACGUCGUCCGCAAAAUCAGCCAAUGCCAAGAUCUCUAUCCUACCAGAAAGGAAAUGGAACUCGCCAAUCCUAGAGCUGCUUCUGAACAGUUUCAUGAAAGCUGCGCUGCCGUCUGUGCCUGGCACAAUAUCACACAGCUCAUUAAUACCGAAUUGGCCAUUCUACAAAACUGGGUUGGCAAUGAUGAGCUAGACUUUACGAAGCCACGAGAUAGAUCAACGAGAACUGAUUUGUCUGACGAUGGAUCAUUUCUUGACCGGAUCAUGAAGGAAGAUGGAUUAAAAACUUUACAGGGCGAGCAUAAUAUGAUUAUCGGCAUAGGAGAAGUAAUCAACAAAGCCAAAGUUACGCUAAUCGAGAAUGCGGAAGCUUUCUCGAAACGCCAUCUUCCACCAUAUAUCGAGGAGCUGCUUACUUUAAUCAAUUUUCCGUCUCGACUUAUUCAAGAGAUCAUUCGGGUCCGUCUCACAUACGCUAAGAAAAUGAAAGAUCCAGCACAGCAGUCGCCUAUACUUGUGGACCAAAUGAUUUCGCAAUUCCAAAUAUUGAUGAGGGUUGCUGUUGAAAUCAAGCAACGUUACCUUGUUAUAUCCAAGGUCGAACCAGGCUGGGAUCUGCCGCCCUGUAUCGACGAGAAUUUCGACAACGUUGUGGUCGACGCUAUGAAAUACUACUUCCGACUUCUCAACUGGAAAUUGAAUGCCAACAAGAACACUUUCAAGGAGGCUGAAAUUUUGGAGCAGGAGUGGGGUUUCUCGAAUGAGAUUGGUCGUCGGCUUCAGAGCGGUGAUAUCGAGGUGGCCGAACAGUUCAGUGCUUUGACUGCCAAGUCUUUGCAAAGACUGAUGAUUCAUUUCGAACGUGAAUUGUCACCGCGCUCGGAUGAAGAUCCCGCGGAUAUGGACAAGCGCUACAAGAGCAGUUUGGAUUCGACUCGCGUCCGCCAGCGAAAGCUCUAUCGUUUCUCGCGCUUUCUCCGACAGUUAUUUGAAAAUGCUACGGAAUACAAUAUGGGUGGAGACAUUGCUGAUGAGUUUUUCGAGGCCCUUCUGAUCUCUGACCAUUUCCUUAUUACCUCCAACGACUCUGUAGGCCAGAAAGGGGUCUACUUGAUUGCUCAUCACGCUCUGUGGGAACAGCCUGUUGACAUCCAAUCAAUCCUUGGUACUUCUUUCCGCGAAGAGGAUCAUCCCAAGGACGGAUCAAAUUUUCCGUACAUCCUUGUUAUCCGUCCCGAGCGUCAGCUGUCAUGGAUGGGCAAGGUCAUGGAAGUUGAAGGAUUGGAGCAUCCGACAGAUGUUCGUCCAGGAAAGCUCCGUCUCGUUGCAGACGGCACGCAGCAACGACUUGUCAGCGCACGGCAUGAACUAGCUCAGUUGACGAACAUGAAUCUCGAUAUCGCUAUUGAGCAACGUGCUAAUCUGGGUAGAGUCAAUGCUGAGUUGAAUAAAAUCAAAAAAAUCUCAUUCAAAUUGUCCAUGACCAUCAUGGAUAGUGUUGCUGUCAUUCGACAGCAGCUCAGAGAGAAGGCAAUCGAUAAUACUGAGCUAAUCCAAGCUUGCUAUGCUUUCGCGACUGAAUUCGGAAAGCGCUCUUCUAACUAUGUGGAUGCGAACAGACGGGCCAUGAACAGUGCUCGUUUGGUAGAACUGUCCCUGGAGUGGGUGUCUUUUAUCUGCGAUGAUUGCGAUGCUUCGGAUAGAAGAACGUUUAAAUGGGCGGUGGCUGCUCUGGAGUUUGCGAUGGCAAUCACCUCGAGUAACCAUCUCCUAUCCAUGGAUGAUGCUCAGUAUUCUCAGCUCAGAGUCAAGGUUGCUGGCUGCAUGUCGGUGCUCAUCUCUCACUUUGAUAUCAUGGGCGCCAGGUCAACAUUGGCCGCCCAGGCUGAGAACAAACGCUUGGACGAAACACGCGGAGGCUCGAGGCGAUAUGGCGGCGGKGGAAGAAUUCUCAGCGACGAGGAGGCAACAAAACUUGUCCGUGAGCAGCGUCUUGCACACAUUGCCACGGUUGAAGACAUGCGAGUCGAAGAGAAUGCCAAACGACAGGCUGUUGGAAAGGUAUUGGAAGGUUCCAAUGAGGCUGAUAGGUCGCUUACAGUGUUGUCCUCGUCUGCAACAAAUGUCUCACUUCGCUGGCAGCAAGGACAGUUUAUUGGCGGCGGAACAUUCGGCUCUGUAUACGUUGCGAUCAAUCUUGAUAGCAACUACCUCAUGGCUGUUAAGGAGAUUCGUCUUCAAGAUCCUCAACUUAUUCCUGUGAUUGCUCAACAGAUCAGAGAUGAAAUGGGUGUUCUCGAAGUUCUUGAUCAUCCCAACAUCGUCUCCUACUAUGGCAUCGAAGUCCAUCGCGACAAGGUCUACAUCUUCAUGGAGUACUGCUCUGGAGGCUCACUAGCAGGCUUGCUGGAACACGGUCGUGUGGAAGACGAGACUUUCAUCAUGGUCUACGCUCUCCAGCUGCUAGAAGGUUUGGCAUACUUGCACCAAGCUGGCAUCAUCCACCGUGACAUCAAACCCGAGAACAUCCUCUUGGAUCACAAUGGCGUGAUCAAAUAUGUCGACUUUGGAGCUGCCAAGAUCAUUGCGCGCCAGGGCAAAACGGUUGCAAACGCCGAGGCCUUUACAAACGGCGUUGGUGGUGGGCACAAGGAAGGAUUGGGCGGCGCCAAAGAGCCACAGCGCAAGAACCAAAAAACCAUGACUGGUACACCCAUGUACAUGUCUCCCGAAGUGAUUCGAGGCGAUGCAUCCGAGUUGGUUGAACGCCAGGGCGCGAUCGAUAUCUGGUCUCUUGGCUGCGUUAUAUUAGAAAUGGCCACGGGCCGUCGUCCAUGGUCAAGCCUUGACAACGAGUGGGCAAUCAUGUACAACAUUGCACAGGGCAACCAACCCCAACUCCCGACUCGCGAACAACUAAGUGAUAUCGGUAUCGACUUCUUGAGCCGCUGCUUCGAGCGCGAUCCUCUGAAACGGCCCACCGCGGCGGAAUUACUGCAGCACGAAUGGAUUGUAUCCAUCAGGAACCAAGUCGUCGUUGAGCCGCAGACGCCUGUUAGCGAUGCCGGAAGUUCGACGGCCAGUAAUUCCAGUGCUGCGAGCAGCCGACAUAACUCGAGCACAUAUCUAUAA